AUGCGCAACCUCCGAAAGAUUCAACGCAGAAAGCUCUACAUCUGGAUCAUUCUCAGCCUUUCGUCGGUCCCGUUCCAUUUGCUAUACAACUCCGUGUUCUACACAUCUACCGUGACGUAUGCGUAUGAUAUAUACAUUGCCAACGAGGGAUUCGCGAACGGAGCACCUUUCGACGAGGAUCUGUUUCCAUCGCCUCCACCGGAAUUUGAUUUGCCAACAAACAACGCGACCAUCCGUUGGCCCGACGGAACCGUCAACGAAACCUGGAACUAUAUACAUUACUCCACCAGCCCUCACGACGUCCGCAAACUUGCAGCAAAAGGACUCAGUGAUCAAUUCGAGCGCUUAGACAAGGACGAGUGCAUGAAACACUAUGCCAACGCCAUCUUGACGGGCCGCCGAAACCUGAUUCUCGUCGCGUCAAACUCGCCGCUUGACAACCUUACUUUCACGGGAGGCAUAGAGUACGAUUUAUUAACCGCCGGAAAUUACACCAGUAUGAGCGUAUCCUGGUCCGACGUCUUGCACUCGCCUGAUGUGGCGUGUGGUCCCCCGGACUCUUCCCAAGCUAUCCUCACGCAAUCACUGCGUUUCGUCAGCUGCCGCAGCAAUUCUUCGCUGUACGCAGUCAUACCGUGGGAACGGCCACUUGCAGAUAAUCGGGAGGUCGACUAUUUCCAGUGGAUCUGCUACCAAGGAGGCUCGGACCCGAGCCACUGGAUCACCGGCUCGUCGGAUUGUGCUGCGAAGGCGGCAUGGAAAGACUACCUCGGGGAACGAACGUGGACCGUUGCUGGUUUUGAAAUCAACCACUGCUUGAGUGAGAGAAUGCCGGGCGAGUGCAGUUUGAACGUCGCACUGCCGCUCUUAUUGUCAGUCAUGUGCUCUAACGUUGUCAAACUGAUUGCUAUCGUGGCUGCUGCUUUGACGAUCAAGGAAAACCCUCUGAUGACGAUCGGAGAUGCGGUGGCGUCAUUUGUACGGGAGCGUGACGAGACCACUAGCGGCAUGUGCAACUGGUCUUGGAAGGAUGUGGCUCAGCGAGAGAAGGAGCGAAGCCCGAAGGUUGACGGGAGCGCUUACGGUGCUGAAAUCGCUGGUAUCUCCAUGGAACAACUUACACGCCGCGACGAGAGUUCCGAAAUCAACGGUUAUCUGCCUGUGCAAUCGGCAAGGCCUUUCUCGGCUUCGAAGCAAAGGUUGUACGAAGCAUCGAGUAAAGGUCGUUGGAAGGUUUCCGGCUUCAUGUUGGCCACGGCCUUUUCGGCCAUUUCCGGACUAUUCUACUACUCCAUGUUUGAGUUUCACAGAAGCGGCAAGGCCCGCUGGAUCUGGGAGAUGGGGAUCGGCGCCGUGCUCCCCGAAACGCUCAUCAGCGGGUGGAAUGUAGCAACGAGCGGCGACCAGGCAAUCGUCCAGACAGUACUCAUCGCCAACUUGCCACAGCUGCUUCUUUCGUUUCUCUACUUUACCAUGAACAGUCUGGUCACAAACAUGUCUUUGGCCUCCGAGUGGGCCCGUUUCGGACAGCGCAGGUGUGGUUUGCGUGUGUCCGCACGGCGCAGCAUCGAGCAGAAGUCGACAUACUUCUUGCAGCUUCCGUACAGACUCGGAGUUCCGCUCCUCUGCUUGUCAGUCUCGCUACAUUGGAUGGUCUCGCAGAGCCUUUUCUUCGUGCAGAUCAAAGGCAAAAACGCCGUUGGGGCGUGGUUUCGCUUGAACAAUCUCACUGAGGCCGAUGAGAUCAUUACCUGCGGCUAUUCUCCGCUCGGCAUGCUUAUCACCCUGGUCAUACUCGCCAUUCUGGCGGGCUUCGCUCUCAUCAUUGGGUCCCGCCGAUUGGAGCCCGGUAUCCCGAUGGCUGGAAGCUGCAGUAUGGCUAUCUCGGCAGCGUGCCACGUCCCGGAGGGGACGUCGGAGCUCUCGCCUGUGAAGUGGGGAGUUAUUCUUGACGAGCAGGCUGGUAUUAGAGAAGAGCACGGCCACUGCUCUUUUUCGAAUGGCGAGGUUGGGAGUCCUAUCGUUGGGAGGAUGUAUGCGUAA